UCUCUUUCCUUCUGCAGCAAGCACUCAACCAUACCUUGUGUUGUUCUCUUUUCCCCCCUUCUUUUUUUUCUCACCUUUCCACGGAGCUGUGCUCUGUUAAUCCAAUUAAUCCAAAAAAGCAAAUUUCGGUAGCUUGCUGGUCUUGCUAUCACCAACUUAAUCCACUUCAACCCAAACAACACCGGGUUACUUGCUCCACACGCUCUUCAGCGCAAAGAUCAUUCUUUUCAAGACAAUUCAAUUUUUCAGCACUCGAUUUUAAUUAAUAACGAAGUUUCAAAAUGUCCGCCAUCCAGCUCUCAUUCUCCCUCCGCGUCUCCUCCGGCGUCAAGACCGUCCACCUCCUCGGCUCCUGGGACAACUACAGCGGCCAGCUCCCGCUCUCCAAGGACAAGAGCUCCUCCAAGGGCACCUGGAAGGGUACCUUCCGCUUCCAGCAGGCGACCCUCCAGCCCGGCCAGCGCUACUGGUACUACUACAUCAUCGAUGGGUACCACGUCUCGCACAACCCCAGCGAGGACUCCACCGUCGAGCCCACCACCGGCCGCGCCCUGAACAUCCUUGACGUUCCCAAGGCCAAGUCUUCCUCUUCUUCUUCUUCCAAGUCGUCGUCCCGCAAGUCGACCUCCUCGUCCAAGAGCCGCUCGUCCACCAGCGGCGACGUCGCCAAGGGCCGCCCCCUGUCCGUCUCCCAGAUCAAGGCCCCCAAGCCCGUGUCGCCCAACGCCACCCGCCACAUCCUCGACAGCGACUUUGACGAGGACGAGCUCAGCAGCCGCUUUGCCGCCACCGGCAUCUACGAGGACGAGUACUACAACGAGGACGUCAUCACCGACUUCGGUGCCCCCGGCUCCCCCGUCUCGUCCGUCGGCUCCUCGCUCUCGUACCGCUCCGACAGCUCCGGCUCGUCCGGCUACAGCACCCCGGCGUCGGACUGCUCCAGCUGCACCUGCGAGCGCUACGGCAUCACCCGCAAGGGCGAGCGCGUCCUCCUCGACUGCGGCGGCUCCCGCUGCUCGUACGACGACUCGUGCUCCUCCGAGGACGAGGCCGAGUACGUCGAGCGCAGCUCCCGCCGCAACGGCAUCGUCGUCCGCGACUAAGCGUCCUGCGGCAAUGCCUCGGGUGAGGAAAAGAAGAAGAUGAACUUUUUUGUUUUGGCAGUCUGUCGAAAAAAAGACUUGGUUUAAUGAGAGGACCCAGCAGAGGGCGCGGAUUUUCCCACCUCGCAGCCUGAGUCCUCGGUGCUUGCCCCCUCUUGGGGCAUCCACCGCCAGUCGACGUCGACGCCGUCCAGGGCCGAUAUCCACGCGGAAAGAGCCAAUUCCCAAUGGCCGUUCCACUCACUCAACCCACACUUCGUUGUUUGAAACACAGCAGCGGUGAGCCGGGCUGAACCGGACCCCCCCCCCUACCCAUCCCGGGUACUUAUUUUUU